UUUUGCAGGCCCCCCCUCUUCUCUUAUUUCAUCUCUUCUAGGGUUUCUUCCUUUUGUUUUUUCAUCUUUAUAUUUACCUUUUAAAUUAAUUCUUCCAAUUAAUUCCCUCUUGGAAAUAUUUUUUAUAUGUGUCCUUUUUUCCCCCUUCUCUUCUCCCUCUAAUCUUAAGCUUCUUCAAACCAUCUUGUGGAGAAAAAAGCAUCUGAUCAAGAAGGAAGAAAAAAGAAAAGAAAAGAAAAGAAUAUGGCGUCUUCAAGCUAUUCAAACUCACCAUGUGCAGCAUGCAAAUUCCUAAGAAGAAAAUGCUUAGCAGAUUGCAUAUUUGCACCCUACUUUCCCCCUGAAGAGCCAACCAAAUUUGCCAAUGUUCACAAGAUCUUUGGAGCCAGCAAUGUGAGCAAGCUUCUGAAUGAGGUCCAGCCCCAUCAGCGCGAGGAUGCCGUAAAUUCUCUAGCUUAUGAGGCCGAGGCUCGCAUGAAAGACCCUGUCUACGGUUGCGUCGGGGCCAUCUCCGUUCUCCAGCGACAAGUCAUUCGCUUGCAGAAGGAGCUCGAUGCUACAAAUGCUGAUUUAGUCCGAUACGCUAGCGGGGGCGCCCGUCCGCCCUCCCAAUUUGGAAGGAGGGCAGCAACCGCCUCCAUCACUCGCCAUCAUUCUGGUCUGUCUUUUCUUUCUCCCUUGAGUAGUAAUGAUCAUGAUGCUUCUUAUUGCCAUGAUAAAGAGGAAGGCAAUUGAAAAUUUUGUAUGCCUUUGUGAGUCAGAUGGGGUUUUCCAUUAAUUCUGCCUAUCCCAUGUUCCUCUUCUGUUCUAAGCCUCUUUAUAUAUAUAUAUAUAUAUAUAUUUUCUCUCUUGAUCUAUCAUAGAGGUGAUUUUUUUGGGUGCAUCAUUAGUCUUUGCAUCUAAAAUUAGAUUGUUUAUAUAUUAUGUUUAAGAGUUCUUUAAUAUAAUGAGAUAUGAAGUG